AUGCCUCGGGGACUCAUUAGGCUUCCCUUGGUCCCAGUUGGUCGGGCUUUUAGCAAAUGCUCUUCUGUAUCAAGUUUUAGAUUUUCCCAGACUGAAAACUACAAAAAUGCUGAUUUGAAGAUCGCUUUUUACAGUGGAAACCAAGGAGAUGGUGACCCAUUUGAAGGCCCAGGUGGAAUCUUGGCCCAUGCUUUUGCACCAACUGAUGGGAGGCUUCACUUUGAUGCUGAUGAGAGGUGGUCCGACGGUGUGGUUCUUGGAUCAAUUAACUUAGAGUCUAUGGCUCUGCAUGAAAUUGAUCACCUUUUGGGACUUGGGCAUAGCUCAGUUAAUGAAGCUAUUAUGUUUCCAACCAUUCCACCCGGUGUGAGCAAAAACCUAGCUUCAGAUGAUAUUAAAGGACUUAAGGAUUUAUAUUCUUGA